AUGCCGAUCUUUAUUCGAAAAAUAGAAACCAACAAUCGAGGGCCCGAUGACGCCUCGUCACUCAAGCAUGGCCAUCUUGAUCUCGUGGUCAGAGGCAAGAACAAAAUCACCAUCAAGAAUGACUACCCAAACCAGCCGGCUAUAAUCGACGCCAAACCCAACGAAGGCACGUUUCUUUUCGAUGUGCCAUCAGACAAGCUUGCCAAGACAUUCGAUUACAUCUUGAGCCACAGCAAAGGUACGAGAUGUAGUGGCAUGAUCGUGUUCGACUACGACGAUGAGGACGACGAAGGCAACGACAUGGAGCCCGAUAUCAAGCCAAACGCUGGCCAUGAUACCGUCAGUGCAACUGACUACACUGCCCCUGUCACCCAACAGAUGUCCGGUCCUCCUAUGACGGGGUUCCAACCGUACGGUCCGCAGCAAAGCCAGUGGAUGCCCUACGACCACCAGCAGGGCCACUGGAUGCCGUAUGGCCCGCAGCAAGGCCAGCCGAUGCCGAUGUCGAUGCCGAUGCCGAUGCCAAUGCCAAUGCCGAUGCCAAUGCCAGUCCCUGGUUCUUACCGGGUCCCCUAUCCCUGGCCGCCGCAAGGGUACUACCCCCACGCGCCACCCCCCGCGCCGCCCCACGGACAUUGGUAUGGACAUGUGCCUCCGUCGUGGCCCCAACAAGAGCCCCCGCCUCAGAAUCCAUCAACCAACGAGCCCCAGCCCAAAUCCCCGACCUUGAGUCCCGACAAGACCAGUCCACCUGAGUGGCGCAAGAAGGCGGCAGCACCCUCACCCUUCCCCGAAAGUACUCAAGCCAAACUGGCCGAUUUAACCAAGAAAGGAUGGCUCGACUGGCCCGCCGCUCCACAGGAGCCCGACGUCAAGAAAGAGGGCUACCAGAAGGUUACGUCGAGCAAGGGCCGGACGCGACGGGGUCAGAACCUGCCAAAGGCCGACAAGGCUGAAGUCAACGAGGCUAAGGUCGAUAAGGAUGGCUUCCAAGUGGUGACGUCGCGCAAGGGCAAGGGGCACCAGGACCGAAGCCAGGAAAAGGCCGAAAACAACAAAACCGACAAGGCCCAUGCCGACAAGGCCCAUGCCGAUGAGUACAAGCUCGACGGCCCCAGCCAGUUUGAGGGAGUCGAACGUGCGCCCAAGAAGUCUCGAUUGCCCGGAAAGAUGGCCGGGUUCCCGUUCGACAUUGAUGGUCUCAGUUACGGCAAUGAUACCUCAGUCUGCGGGGGUUGCAAGGCAACCGGACAUGUCCUGGCCGACUGCAUCGCGCCUAGCCCCCUCGGCUGGAUCGGAGGGUGCCCGCACUGCAACACCGACGACCAUGACUUCGACGAUUGCGAAUACAUGGACUUCAAGAACCAGGCGCUCCUCAUCUACAUUCUCGUUGUGCGUCGGGCGAAUAAGUGCCCGGUUCUGACCAAGAGGUCCUGGUGGCGGCUUUGCACAGUGGCCUCAGCGACGCCGUACAACCCAUACAUGGCGGCCGACAAUGCCAGUCGGCUCUUCUGGAGCCUCAAGGACAUCGGAUACCCGCACACCGCAUCCUUCGCCGUGCGUAUCAAUCAUGGCCUCAUAUACGAGGGCUACAACUACGUCGAGGACCAGAAACAACGUCGGUCACAGCUGCCUCGGGACCCCGAGACGUCCGGUGUGCACGUCGUCCUUCGAAACACCAGACUCGCCAACGAGCGUUUCAUGGGUGCCAUAACCCAGGCCAAGAUCGACGGCCGGCUGGACCUGGCGCGUCGUCCCAUGGCAGCCGACUACGCGAGCAUCUUGGAUUUGGAGGAUGUGUACUUGCGAAGGAACGCCGGGUUCACCAAGGAAGAGAAGCUGAAGAACAAGGGUAAGAGCAUGUGGGCGAACUAG